AUGCAAGAAAUAGUUUUUGUUACAGGAAAUGUAAAAAAGGCCGAAGAAAUUAAGGCAAUUUAUAAUAUAGAAUUCAAAUUAACAUGUGUUUUUUUAGAACUACCUGAAAUACAAGGAGAGUUAGACGAAAUAAUAAUAGAUAAAUGUAAAAGAGCAGUAGAUAUUAUUAAAAAACCUGUAAUUGUUGAGGAUACAAGUCUUUCUUUCACAGCACUUAAUGGACUCCCUGGACCAUAUAUAAAGUGGUUUUUGUCUAGUCUUGGGCUUGAUGGACUUGUGCGUAUUUUAACUCCUUUUUCUGACAAGACAGCGGAGGCUGUGUGUAAAUUUGCAUAUUGUAAAGGGCCUGGACAUGAUGUGCAUAUUUUUGAAGGAAGAACACAAGGAACUAUUGUGCCUGCUCGUGGUUCUGCUGUAUUUGGAUGGUCUGUUGAAUUAAUACUUGUUCUAAUUUUACUGAUAGUUUUUAGGGAUCCGAUUUUUCAGCCACUUGAUAAUCAUCAAACAUACGCUGAAAUGGAUCGUUCGUUAAAAUGUAUGUUGAGUCAUCGUACAAAAGCGUUGAUGAAACUUUUAUCAUUUUUGAAAAAUAUUGUAAGAAAUGAAAGUAAAGAUUCUUCUUGA